AUGCUACUGCUCAAGCUGGUCUUCCUGGCCCUUCUGAUCAGGAGAGGAAUGACUGUCUGCCGCCUGCAGGGGAGUCCACAACCACCUGAGCUGACCCAAGCUGGAGACUUCAUCUUGGGGGGCAUUUUCACCUUUCGCACUGGGUACAUAGGCAGCAUGAACACCUUUCAAACUUUGCCCAAUCCUCCAACGUGCCUGCACAUCAAUAUCAGAGAAUUCAAAUUUUCCCAGGCCAUGAUCUUUGCAAUCAAGGAAAUAAAUCAAAAUCUUGCUAUUCUCCCCAACCACACACUGGGCUAUAAGAUAUACAAUUCCUGUGGAAUGACAAACAUUAUUAGGUCAGCUAUUGAUUUAGCCAGUGGACAGAGGGAGAUCAUAGAUGAAAGGAACUGCACAAAAGCUGAUACUGCACAGGCUGUACUAGGUCACUCUGCCUCCUCGCCCACGAUGGGAUUUGCUCGGAUUAUUGGAAGGUUCCAGAUACCAGUGCUUAGCCACUUUGCAACCUGUGCUUGCCUCAGUGACAGAGAGGAGUUUCCAUCCUUCUUCCGAACUAUUCCCAGUGACCAUUACCAGAGCAGAGCCCUGGCAAAGCUCGUCAAGCACUUUGGCUGGUCCUGGGUGGGGGCAAUAAGUAACAAAAAUGAGUAUGGUAUUAAUGGAAUUGCCACAUUUAUACAAAGUGCACAAGAAGAGGAGGUGUGCAUAGAGUAUUACCGGGCAUUUGAGCAAGGUGGCCCUCUUCGUGAGUUAACAAAUGUCGUUGAAACUGUGAAGUACUCAACCUCUAAAGUCAUUGUGGCCUUUAUGUCUCACAGAGAAAUUAAGUUGCUUGCAAAAGAGUUAUACAGACAGAAUAUUACAGGACUGCAGUGGGUUGGCAGUGACGCCUGGAUCACAGAUCACUCUCUGACUGACAGUGAAGGACACAGCAUCCUGGUGGGCUCCCUGGGCUUCGUUGUAAGCCAAGCUAAAAUCCCAGGAUUGGAGGAGCACCUGAGGCAGCUCCACCCGUCACUGUUUCCUUACAGUCAGUUUGUCAGAGAUUUCUGGGAAUAUAUGUUUGACUGUGCCCUGAAUGAAACAUCAAACACACAAAGAAAGCCAUGCAACGGCUCUGAGAGCUUGCAGAAUGUUGAAUCAUAUUUUACAGAUGUUUCAAGGCUGAGAUUCACUAAUAAUGUAUACAAGUCGGUAUAUGCAGUGGCACAUGCUCUCCACGACCUCGUCACAUGUGAAGAGGGGAAGGGCCCCUUCAAUAGUGGGAGCUGCGCUGACACUAAACAUGUUCAACCAUGGCAGGUGCUACAUUAUUUACAGAAUGUUAAGUUCACAACAAGUCAGGGAGAAAGAGUAACUUUUGAUCAGAAUGGAGAUCCACCUGCAAGAUAUGAACUUAUAAAUUUACAACAUGUAACCUCAGAGACCAUGCAUGUUGCCACUGUGGGUGUUUUUGAUGCCACUUUGCCCCAGGACCAUCAAUUUGUAAUGAAUGACGUGAAGAUAGUGUGGGGAGGAGGAAGUUAUACGGUGCCUGUGUCAGUGUGCAGUGAGAGCUGCCCCCCAGGAAAACGCAAAGUCCUGCAGAAAAGAAAACCUGUUUGCUGUUAUGACUGUAUACCAUGUGCAGAAGGAGAAAUCAGCAACAUUACAGACUCUUUGGAAUGUCUCAAAUGUCCCAUUGAUUAUUGGCCGAAUACCAGAGGAGACAUGUGCAUCUUGAAAGCAACUGAGUUUUUGUCUUAUGCAGAGAUCAUGGGGAUCAUUUUAACAUUCUUUUGCUUGAUGGGGGCGAUUUUGACAGCUAUGAUAGCACUAGUGUUCUUCCACUUUCGAGAAACUCCUAUUGUAAGGGCCAAUAACUCUGAACUGAGCUUCCUGCUGCUCUUCUCUUUGAGUCUGUGUUUCCUUUGUUCUCUGACAUUCAUCGGCCAGCCAUCUGAUUGGUCCUGCAUGCUGAGACACACUGCAUUCGGCAUCACCUUUGUCCUCUGCAUCUCUUGUGUUCUGGGGAAAACAAUAGUAGUGUUAAUGGCUUUUAAAGCAACACUUCCAGGAAGUAAUGUGAUGAAAUGGUUUGGGCCUGCACAGCAGAAACUCAGUGUUUUGGCCUUCACUUUCAUACAGGUUGUAAUCUGCAUACUUUGGCUGACAAUCAACCCCCCUUUUCCCUACAAAAAUAUGAAUUACUAUAAAGAGAAGAUUAUACUAGAGUGUGCCCUCGGAUCACCUGUAGGGUUCUGGGCUGUGUUAGGAUACAUUGGACUGCUUGCUGUCUUAUGUUUUUUUCUUGCUUUUCUGGCUCGAAAGUUACCUGAUAAUUUUAAUGAAGCUAAAUUUAUCACCUUCAGCAUGCUGAUAUUCUGUGCAGUUUGGAUCACGUUUAUCCCAGCGUAUGUCAGCUCUCCUGGGAAGUUCACAGUAGCUGUGGAGAUAUUUGCUAUUCUGGCCUCCAGUUAUGGACUUCUUUUCUGUAUUUUUAUCCCCAAAUGUUAUGUUAUUUUACUGAGGCCAGAGCAAAAUACCAAAAAGCAUUUAAUGGGCAAAACAAAAGAUAUUCAUUGUUAA